AUGGGUAUUGCUAUACUGAAGCCUGGACAGAAUCCCUCGGUUGAUCCGGCAAACGUGGUGCAAUCCCUCGUAUACAUUCUCUCGGGAGUGUUUGAUGCUACUAGGGACUUGUAUCGCACUUUGUCUUUGAAGGAGCAGAGGGAAUAUGAACAGAGCCUCAGGAGCUACUCGAGAAGAGCCGAAUAUGUCUCGGAUGAGAGGUUGGGCAGCGAAGAAGCCAUCAUGACGGACAAGGCGACAAUGGUCCGGCAGUUUGAGAUUGGAUAUCACGCAAUGGGCACCGAGUUCGCUAUGGGUGAUGUGACUGCGCAGACGGAGCUCCAGUGGCAAAUCAUUGCCUUGCAGAGCGUGCUUGUGAGCACUGCCAUAUACGGACCUGUGUCAUCUGACUCGGCGGCUCAUCAAUUAUCGAAUAUCAACGCGGCUUCAAGAGCGGCAGCAGCGAGGUCGAUUGAAAUCUUGGUCGCACUGCAGGACCGGCAGAUGGAUGAGCGCCCAGUUACACCGCGGUCGAUGCAUUCAGUUACUACGACUCGUUCGAGCCCACAUCAUGCGCCUUCGCAUGUGGCUUCCCAUGUAACGUCUCAUUCGACUAGCCAUGCACCGUCACAUGCGCCUUCUCACCAUAGCUCUUAUGCGCCGUCUGUUACUCCGUCUCAGUCGAUAUCUUGCGUACGACCGACGACGGUUGUAGUAGCGCCAUCUCAAGUACCGUCUAAAGUUCCGUCGAAAGUACCAUCAAAAGCACCGUCCAAAGCACCCUCCCAAGCGCCAUCUAAAGUACCGUCCCAGGCACCAUCUAAAGUACCGUCCCAGGCACCAUCUAAAGUACCGUCNCCAUCUAAAGUACCGUCCCAGGCACCAUCUAAAGUACCGUCCCAGGCACCAUCUAAAGUACCGUCUCAGGCACCGUCGAGAGCUCCAUCAAAAGCGCCGUCUAAAGCACCUUCGCACGCAGCAUCUCAAGCACCAUCGCGAGUCCUAGUACUUCCUCAGCCACCCAUUGGUGCCAAUUCGACUACUACCGUGACUGUCAAGCACGAUGAACCCGUACACGUACGAACCAAUAGCCCAAUUAACACAACAAUCCUCGACUGGCAAAGCAAAGUCGAGCCCGCGUCCUCCGUCACCGAAAGCACCUCCACCAUCGUCCCAUCCCACCCAGGCCACCUCUACUGCCAAUACGCCUACGACCUCCAGCGCGACCCCACGCAGCCCCUGCACCCCACGCUCCUCACCACUAGAGAUGCGCGCUGCCCGCACUGCGCAGGGUCCCUACAUCUCUCCCCGGGAAAAGCCUGGGAAAUCUCCAAAUGGGCCGGCGACACCGAACGCACCUUCCAAGUCUCAAACCGCUUCGUAGUAAAAUGCCAUCGCGACGGGCCCGACGCGCAGUACUGCUGCGUUAUCUGCUCCAAGCACUCGGAUUCCGACACUGUUUGUGGUGAUGUCAAGGCGCUGGUUAAACAUCUUUCUGAUGAGCAUGAGGUUAGGGAGUUGAAGCAUGAAGAGGAUAUUGUCGAGGUUAUUGAACAGGUCAUGGUGGUGGGGAAGAGGGAUAGUGGCGUGGGUUAUACUGGGGGUGCGGCGUCGAGGGGGAGUCGGAGUAGAAGGAGUGCGAGUGUAGUGUCUGGGAAGGGGAGGAGGAGGAAGAGUUUGGGGGUUUUGGAAAGGGAGGUUGAUGUUUUUGAUGUGAGGAGUGGAAGGAGGUGA